AGCAUAUGCACGUCUAUGUUGGCUUCCCACCAACAUGGAGCUCUCUCUUGGGCCAUUCACCAUCAAUCUUGACCCUCCAUCCUCAACAUAUCCCACCAUUCAUGGCGGCGACGUGACCCGCGCGCUACAGCAAAGCAAACCAAAGCAGAGCAAGGAGGACCCAUUUGAGUGAUGAACGGGGCCGACAUGGAAAAAAUUCUAUUCUAUCAAUCGGGUUACACCGAUCGCC